UUUCAAUAAAUAUACACACAUAUCAUAACCUUCCCUUUAUAAAAGUUUCUUACAUAUCAUUAGAGAUUUCUAAAAAGAGAAAUUAAGAAAGAAUGGAGCUUGCUCUGAGCUUAGGAGAUGCACCAAAGUCUGUUUCAUUUGAUGAUCAAAACAUAUCAUCACAACAUCACAAGAAGAAGGAAUUAGGGUUUUGCAUGGUCUUAGGAAGCCAGAUUCAAGAUGUUCAACACAAGAACAUAAUAAAGAAACAUGAUGAUGAGAAAACAAUAUGUUCUUCUUCAUCGUCGGAUCCAUCACCGCUACAGCUUGAUCUUCUCCCUUGCUCGUUAUCUCUCCAUCAAUCUCCAUCACCUUCUCACCGUUCAUUUCCAUGGCUAUCUCAAAUUUUAAAAGGAGAACCAGGUUCUCAAACUAAGCUGGGGAGAGGGCUAGACGUGAAGCCGCUAAAAGCGAUAUAUGAUCCAGAGAUUGGUGAAGAACCGAAGACAGUUGAGUCUUCUCCUAACGACAGUACUAACAGUGAUACGUCAUCAUUUCAUUUGGAUUUCUGUUCCAUUUUCAAAAGUGGCAAUACUGGUAGCAAUAUCUUGCCAUCAAGGAAAAGGGAAAUGCAAUACGUAACGGGGAACAUGGAUUAUUUGGCAGAAGUAUCAGAAAGCGAUCCUAGAGUUUAUUCAAGACGAGGAGGGUAUGGUGGAACUAGUGAUGAAGAUGAAAAUGGAUUGGGCAGAAAGAAACUCCGACUCACGAAAGAACAGUCUGCUUUCCUUGAAGAUAGCUUCAAAGAACACAAUACCCUCAAUCCUAAACAGAAGCUAGUUCUAGCAAACCAGUUGAAUCUUCGACCGCGACAAGUAGAAGUGUGGUUUCAAAACAGAAGGGCAAGGACAAAGCUGAAGCAGACAGAAGUGGAUUGUGAGUUUCUAAAGACAUGUUGCGAGUCACUGACGGAAGAAAACAGGAGAUUACAAAAGGAGCUUCAAGAAUUACGAGCCUUAAAAACUUCCCAACCUUUUUACAUGCAAUUGCCAGCCACCACCCUCACCAUGUGCCCUUCCUGUGAACGAGUCGUCACCUCCACCACCACUCCUUCAACCAAUAACCCACCGGCCAGCACCGCCACUGCAUCUCCUCGACAACCAGCCGAUGCUAGAUGUCCAUGACACACUAGCUAUCUAGCAGCACUAUAUCAAAUAUCACCAUAUAUAUUGCUGUACGUGAUUACCUUUUGAAAAGUCGAUCUUUUCCGCCUUGCUCUUGGAAUAUGACUAAGUUAUAGAGAAUGAAUUGAAGAUGAAAACGUUACAAAAAGGCCGGACAAUUAUAUUUGCAUAUGUAUAUACUCUUUUUUUUUUUGUCUAUUUUUUUUACCAUAUGUUCGUUGAUUGUGCCGUCUCUAGAGAUUUGUCUACUUUUUGCGGGUUCUUUUGGCUUUUACAA